UAUCCAAAGAAUGACUUCUUUGUGGCAGAUGUGUUUAAGAGUAUCCAACUUUUUUCUCUAGGUCCUGGGCUAGUCCAGCGGUUCCGUCCAGAUUUUAAGCAGAAGUUUGCCAAUUUUUUUGACGACGAUACCAUCUCUGAAUACAUCUACCACUGCAAUGCCCAGACGCCGAGUGGAGAGGCAGCGUUCAAGGCCAUGACCGAAUCCCUAGGAUGGGCCCGCCGUCCCAUGUUGCAACGCAUCCACAUGAUCCGGCGUGACUUGCCCAUCACCCUCAUCUACGGAGCCAACUCCUGGAUCGAUACCAGCACUGGGGAGAAGGUCAGGUACCUACGGCCGGGAUGCUACGUCAAUGACAUGGCCAUCCCCGGAGCUUCCCACCACGUCUACGCUGACCAACCCCGGGCCUUCAACACCGCGGUGGAACAAAUUUGCGACUCUGUGGACUGAACCCCCACCCCCGAACCAGAGUGAAAAACUAGCUCUUAACCCUGUCACCUUAUCGCUCAGCUGCGGGGAGACGCUGAAGGCACACGCCACUUCCCGUGCCCGCGGGGAGCCGAAACGGAAAUCCCUGUGGAUCUUGAAUGCAGAUGGAUCUCCGGGGAUCUCUGCCGUCCAGCCUGCGCUCCCUCCCUUUCUCCCCAUCUCCUCGAAUCAUCUUUCUACUUAAAGGUUGCAGAUCGCCUGUUUUGGGUUAA